CAAUGGCGUUGGAAUUCUCAGUCCUCUUCCAUCCUGCCAACACUACAAGAGAAGGAGAGAGAGAGAGAGAGAGAGAGAGAGAGAGAGAGAGAGAUCCGAACGGUUGAAAGAUGGCAGAUUGGGGCCCAGUUGUGAUAGCCGUUGUUUUGUUCGCGCUGUUGUCUCCAGGUCUUCUGUUUCAGCUGCCUGGGAAUGGCAGAGUUGUGGAGUUUGCGAAUUUCCAGACGAGUGGUGUAUCCAUCCUCGUACACACCAACAUCUAUUUCGGCCUCAUCACUAUCUUCCUCAUUGCUAUUGGAGUCCACAUCACCACUGGUUAGAUACACUUCCAUCCAAGCCGUCCAUUAGGUGUCUCCCGAUGUGUAUAUGCCCUUGCCCAAGAAUCAGAACGGUCUGAACCUCAGGUCGGACACAUCUGAUGUUUGGUGGUAUUUGGCCCUUAUGAUGAAUGGACCGUCCAGAUUCUUGGAUCAUGUCAUCUACAUGUUGGGGUCCCCCAGAUGGACGGCUUGGAUUACCGCACUUCCCCCGAAGUGGGGUCGGCAAGCGUCUGAAACCUUGGGCUAAUAUUCCUCCCUCUUCUUGCUGUUGCUUAUUGCAGUCGCCAAACUCAGUCGCUUCACACGUGCCAACAUCGCACACUUGUGAGAGAUCCAGACCACUCACCAAUUGGGCCCCUCAGGUAAAUUUCUCGUCCGAAAGUCUGGCCAUCCUGCUCAUGAAGUGGGCAACGUUUUCGUAAAAGUACGUUUAAAAGAUAAUGACUGGCAGUCCAAUUCAGCACGUGUUUCGCACGUGAUAAGAAGACGAGCCUGAAUCUUUUAUCCAGAGCACAUUAUUAUUGGGGGCCCACCUGAUGGAUGGUUGGGAUCUAGCUCUCAUGGGGUGUGUUGGCACGUGUAGUGCGUUUCGUGUAGCGGACUGCAAGUAGCAUUU